UUGGAUGUGCAAUGUCUUUAGUUAUGCUGCCAAUCAAGGAAAAUGAACAGCCUCCGUUGGAUAUUUCAAUAUCGUCAGAAGACCAAGAAGAUACAAGCUGGAUUGAUUGCUCAGAAGAAUUAUCAAAAAAUUGUUUUUCACAAUUUGGAGAAUUACGAAAAUCUGGCCAUUUAACAGAUGUUAUAAUUAAAGUUGAAGGAAGAGAAAUUUCAGCACACAAAAUUAUUUUAGCUUCAACAAUUCCUUUUUUUAAUGCAAUGUUUACUUGUGAAAUGAUUGAAGCUCAUUCUAAUGUUAUUACUUUACCUAGUUUGUUUUUUUUUCUCUAUUUUUUUAAAUAUUUAUGGAGGGUUUUCUUAAGCGAUUCUUGGACUAAAGGUCGUAACCAUGGGUCGAUUUCAAGGAGCUUUAUGCGGAGUGUACGCCAAAAUUGUGGCGUUUUGAACGCAAAUCUUGUACAAAUAUUUUUUAUUUUUCAGCGCUGCAUGUUUUUUUCUGCCCCAUAAACCCAUGGCUACGC